AUGUCCCAUUUCCAUCAAUCCAAAACCCCAAGCCACCACUCUCCUAGACCCAGCAAGAAAAGGCUCGCCAGAGACCAACUUCAGAUCCUGGAAACAAGCUUCAAUGCCAAUCAGAAGCUCAAAGCUGAACUCAAGCUCAAGCUUGCCUGCCAACUAGGACUUCCUCCAAGACAAGUUGCAAUCUGGUAUCAGAACAAAAGGGCCAGGCACAAAAUUGAAGCCAAAGAGCAUCAGUUUAAGAACAUCCAGCAAGAGCUAGGUAAUGUAUUAGCAGAAAAUAUUAGGCUUGAGAAAGAAGUUCGCACACUAAAAUAUGAGCUAAACCAGGCUCAAGAGAUGCUAGUGCUUGCAUCUACCCCACCCAUGAUGAUUCUCCUAUCAGGCUCAACAUCUGAUGAUGAUCAUGCAAACACACACUCACCAGGAAACAUGAAAUGUUGGCUAGAUCCCUGCAAGUUUCCAGGAGAGGAACAACACACUUACCUGACUGGUCCUCUCGACAUGCUAGAGAUGUACACUAACAACCAGGACCUCUUAGCAGAAUCAGUGAAACCUAAUCAUGGUACAAACUGUAGACUGUAACAUGUAGAAUUUCAAAUUUCAUGUCAAUGUGAAAUAAGUUUAUUCAA